GAAACUUUUUUUUGUAUUUAUUUAUUCGGUAUUCCGGCCUGCAAACACAGUUCUUGCAAAUAACAACUAAUUAAUUAAAUUGCAAAUUAAAGUGAAAUAGAACUAAACGUAAUUUCUUAUCAUUGCUAAAUAUUUUAUUAAAUUAUAAUGGACAAAAAGGUCCACAGCGUCAAGUUUAAUAAUGGACUUGAAAUUCCAAUCAUCGGACUUGGUACAUAUUCAAAAGCCGGUGGUGCUUUAUAAAUGAACUUGCACCUUUUGACCUUCUUCGACCUUUAUUUCCUACCAUUACUAUUUAGUAAUUUGUAAAGUUAAUAUAAUUUGUUUAUGUGUAGUUUUAUUAUUAUAUCCCAUCUAAUUUGGAAUAAAAUUCAGAACAGUUAGAGAGCCGGAACAUAUUCGGACUAGAGUCUAAAAGUCAGGAUUAAUCCGGAGGAAUGAGAAACCCUCAACCAGGGCAAUUUAGGCAAGCAGUGGAAUGGGGUAUUGAAGCUGGGUAUCGGCAUAUUGAUACUGCUUCUAUGUACAAAAAUGAAGUUGAAGUGGGAGAAGGAAUUGCAAAUAAAAUUAAUCAGGGACUGGUUACUCGGAAAGAUUUGUUUAUAACUACUAAAUUGUGGAAUGACCAUCAUGCUGAAAAUAAAGUAAUAAUAGGUCUAAAAGAUUCACUUGGAAAGCUUCAAUUGGAUUAUCUAGAUUUAUAUCUAGUUCACUGGCCUGUUGCAGCUACAAUUAAUGGAGAAGAUGAAGAAAUAGAUUAUAUAGAUACUUGGAGAGGAAUGGAGGAGGCAGUGAGGCAAGGUCUCACAAAGUCAAUUGGUGUCUCGAACUUCAACGAAGAGCAGUUGGCUAGACUACUACAAUAUGCAAAAGUGAAGCCAGUUGUCAAUCAAAUUGAAAUUAGUCCAACAUUGACUCAACAUAAACUAGUUGAUUAUUGUAAGAGUGUAUCAGUGGUCCCUGUAGCAUACACACCGCUUGGCUUAUUAUCUGAUGCACGGCCAGAGUUCAUUGGAAAGGAUACCAUCAAAAAUGAUCCCAGGUUAGAUGCUUUAGCUAAUAAGUACAAGAAGACUAAAGCACAGAUUGCUCUAAAGUAUUUGGUACAACGGAAUAUAGUAGUUAUACCAAAAUCAUUUACCAAGUCGCGCAUAGAGGAAAAUUUGAAUCUAUUUGAUUUUCAAUUGAACGAACAAGAGAUGGCGCUAGUGGACAGCUUUAAUAUUGAUCAUAGGUGUGUUCCGGCUACAUCAUUCGCUAAAUAUAAAAAUUAUCCAUUUUAAACAGACUUAGAUUACAUGUUGGUAAUAGUCAGUAAGCAAAAAAUAAUAAUGUUGUAAAUUGAAUUGGGAAGAUUAGGAAUUUUAAGGAAUGUAAUAUUUUUUUAAUUGACAGAUUUAGGGUUGUAAGCUUUGAUGAAAUAUGAACUAGAAUAAACGUCGCCUUAAUAAUAGAGGUCGCAAGAGAAAGUGUGGCCUUAUUUUUGUUUAGUAUGGUUGAUCUAAAGCCAACAUGUGGCCACUCUCCUUUUAAAAUGAGUAGUUAAAUUUCAAACAUUGCCUAUCAAGGAUUCUAGAUCAUUUUAACAAAUUUUUUAGUGUUAAGGAUUUAUAUCUUCAUAUUUUAUUAUUAACGCAACGCAAUCAGUUGUUAAACCUGAUAUUUAAAAUUUAUUUUGGUUUUGACUAUUGUGAUGCGACAACGUUUUUACUGAAAAUGUGAUAUUUUGCUUAAUUUAAAUUUUAUAACAUUAUUUUAUUCAUUCACUAUAAAUAUAAUGAAUGAAUGAUAAAUAUCUAAUAAUCAAAUCUCAAAAUCAGAGGUUCUUGGAUAUGGUUAUGUUUGAAAUUUAGCGACUCAUAUUGUAAAAAAGGCACUUCACAAAAAUAAUAAUUUUUACCUAAAUUAUACGUCUAAUUAUAACUAUAUAGUAAUUGUGAGUAUUACGUAAGUUUUAGUUCAUAUUAAGUAUGUAAGAAGGGCGCGAAUACCAUAUAGGUCACAUAUAUAGAACAUAUAGGUCACCAAUUCAAUGAGACGUGUAUAUCUAGUGUAAAUUAUAAAACACAUCUCCCAGAAUACAUACUUUGCUUGUUGCUUUUAUAUAGCUUUGUUAAUUGAUAGGUUUAGGGUUAGGGCUUAAUUAAGCAUUAAUAUGGGUAAAUCUAAUAUAUAAAAUUCUCAUGUCGCGGUGUUUGUAGUUAAACUCCUUCGAAACGGCUUGACCGAUUCUCAUGAAAUUUUGAGUGCAUUUUGGGUAGGUCUGAGAAUCCGACAACAUCUAUUUUUGGGUGGUCCACGCCAAAAAUUUUUUUUUACACUUUUUUUUAAAUUUGAGAGUCAGCAUUAAAAAUUACAACAACUUCAAAUUUUCACCCAUCUACGAUCAACAGUUACUUUUGUAUCGCGAUUUUAAUAUCGGCAAUACAACGUUUGCUGGGUCAGCUAGAUACUAUAAUAAUGGCCAUAAAUUCUAUUACAAAUAAAACGUACCUAUUUAUAUUCUUUUGUCGUAAUUUAAUCUUAAUAACUCUUAUAUGUAUUGAAGUCUGCAAUAAAUAAAAAUUAAUUCUAUUCGCAUUUCGAAAUGAUCCUUGAUCUUUAGCCUUUUUUACCGGCCCUUAGUCGGUCUGGCCACGAAUCUUUGGAUUUACGCCAGGCUGUUUCCAUGGGUAGUUUAGCCACUGCUUGUUUAAGAGAUAUUUUAGACGACUCAAGAUGAUGUCCACUUCCUCCCCCUCUCAGGAUGAUGUCCACUUUGCACUAUUCUGAACACAUGUGAAGCUUUUUUGGAAAUAUAUCAUCGUGCAAUUUGUCAGAUUAAUUAUUGUUUCCUUAUAGGAUUUUUGCCGAAUUCCUUUUUAAACAGUCUUUUAAUGGAUUUCAACAGAUGAUGUGUUGGUCGAUCUAUAUCUAUAUUGUCUAUCGAUAUCGGUUGGUAUAUCGAUAAUACGAAUAUGAACUGUCUUGGAAUGAGCUACGGCUCCCCAACCUUUUUUGUGCAAGACAAUCACUGUAAUUCUGUUUUCUUUUAUAUCGGGAGGUGGAGAAAACCAUUAUUGUGAUUUAAGGACGCGUUCUCAAAACAGAGAGCUAUCGAAUCGCACCAUUACACUGACACCGCUCAAACACAUAGGUACACGUACUUAAAGUUAAUUGCGGGAACAGAAUGAAUUUGAUACUUUAAUAAGUGAAUUUUUUUCACAGAUAACUUUAAUGUUUUUUUAAUACCUAUGUAUUUUUGAUAAUUGGUUGAUGUAUCCGUUUAGUAGUUAAAUAUUACAACUUUAGAUGGCAAUUCUAUCGCAUAACGUCGUGUGCAGUAAACGCAAGUUUUUUAUAAAUACAAGAUGGCCGCCGUGAAAAAUUAUGAUUUCAACAUUUUGGAUAUCGUAUCCAAGGUUCUCGAGGGUGAGAGAACGAAUUUGAGAUCAUUUUUGAAAUCCAAUAUAGCUGCCGCGCAAAAUUAUGAUUUCAAUAUAGUCCUUUUAUUUAGAGAUGAACUUAUAAAUCACUAAUUCUUCAAAAAUACAGAAACACAAUUUUUAGAAAAUCUGACUGCGUACAAAAUAAGUAUGUAACGUAUCAAAGACAGUAUUGUAGAGCUUUUAAAAAAUAUUCAUGUUCGUACAGCGAUCUUCUCAAGCACGAGCUGCUGCUUACAACCGACACAGUGUCUACCCACGACGGCGGCCGAACGCGGACUGACGUUGUUUCGAUAGAUCUUUCUAUGCAAUGCGUACGGACGGAGUGACAAAAUAAAAUAACCCUUAACCACACAUUAAAGCUCAUGCUUAUCAGAAAAAUAUAUGAAUUUUAGACGAUUAAUUUUUUUUUUGUAAUAAUUAUAACAUAUUCAUUAAUUUAUUUCCCGUAUUUUUAAAUAUAUUAUAUCUGCUUUCCUUACGUAUUUUUAAAGAGACAAAAUUAUGUAACGGUAAUAGUUUUUACGACAUAAAAUAUGAAAAUUUCAAAGCAAAAAUUUCCCGCUAAUUGGAGAUAAAGAAGUAAUCUAUGUGUGGAAAUUUUUAGUUUUGUUAGAUUUAGUUUCAUUUCAUCACAAACUACCAAAAAAUAUCUUAUUUUUGUCGGAUCGCAAAUGCGUCCUCAAUAAUACUUACGAUCAAAAAAAUGAUUGAAAUUUUCGAACACAAUAAAAGCGUUUCAAAUUUUAAUUUAAAUAAAAUACUUUAUAAAGGAUUAAAAUGUGUUUUUUUAAAGUGUUUUGUUUAAAUGAGCAGCACUCGCGUUAAUAAAAAAAAUAUGUAUUUUAGUUGUAACAGUUAUUAUGGCCAAGUUAGUAAUUGGGUAUAACUACUUACAUAUAAGCGAAGGAGAGUUUUAAGUUUAACAUUUUAUGGAAUUGUGAUUUAUUGAUGUGAUAGUAAUGUAUAGGAAAUAAGUGAAAUAUAAAUAUUAUCAAUUAAAAUGGGACCACAUGGAUUGAGGAAUCAUCUACGUAAUCAUGGACGGUUUAAAAAUGGAAAUGGUGUUUAUUUGCACUUAUUGCUUAUAUUCUUUUGGUAUUGGUAGAAAAGGUAUUUGUAAAUAAAACAUCUUUCUUAAAAAAAAACUGAUAUUGAUAAAAAUUUAAAAAGCGUUAUUUUUUGGAAAUCCAUUAUUAUCUAAAUUUUAUGAGUUAUCUUACGUAUUUCUUCGGCUAAGAUUUAUUAGUUUACAUGCAGUAUAAACCUAAAGCUCAACUGCACGGCUUAGAGUUGAAGGUUAACCCCUUUCUUUUUUUCGGAGGACGCGUUUAACGCGGCCCACGCUGAUCUCCCGAGUCCGGGUUAUUAGGCAAAAUAAAUCUCUACUUCAACCAAUCAAUCACCGAAUUCUGGAGCGAGAGUAACUACGGUGUUAACGUGUGUUACUAAUACGGUGUUUCUUUAAUCGUUGAAGCUAUUUACUUAGAUAACUUAUACGUCUAGAUGGAGCGUCUUGAUGCUAUACAAGCGAUGAAAAAAGGCCAGGUGUACUUUAGUGUGCGUGACAGGCUACGCCUUACACUCGCGAUUUAUAUGUCACUUUGUGUUAGUGUGCGUGAAUUGCUCAAAAUAGAGGUUAGUUCUAAAAUUAUUUUUUUCCAAAAGUUCGCCGCUUUUUUUAGACGUUCUCAUAGCUGUCACAGUUUAUAUAGACGUAUACGUGAUCUAAGGCGUGACAGAAUUCACAUAAAAAAGACAAAUUAUUUAUGUUUUUCAUAAACGGUAAGUACAAGUUAAUUUUAGAGUGGUAAACUUGUAUGUAGCUCAAUAUUAUCUAAGCAAUAACACGAUACUCUAUAGAUUAGUAAUUUCGUAAUAGUUGUAUAAAGUUGUUAAUAGAAAACAAACGGUUUACUAUUUUGAUAAAUGUGAUAUUCCAAUUUGAUACUAAAUCUAUAUUGAUUAAUACUUUUGUUAUUUUCUGAAAAAUAAAUCAAAUAUGCAAGAUAAAAUAA